UAUUGUGUGAAUGUUUUUACUUUUUCAAUAUUUUCUACCUCCGAGUUGGAUUUCAGACCACGUGUUCAUUCACAGUCAUACUCUGUUGCUGCGGCCUACACGACUUGGAAACUGAACAAUAUAAUAUUAAAAUAAUUACACUAUGGACAAGCCCGUUGUACUUUCCCGUGUGUUGAAGGUGUUGGGUCGUACCGGUUCCCAGGGCCAGUGUACGCAGGUAAAGGUGGAAUUCAUCGGCGAACAAAACAGACAGAUCAUCAGAAACGUCAAAGGUCCGGUACGCGAAGGUGACAUUCUCACCCUGUUGGAGUCGGAAAGAGAAGCCAGAAGACUUCGAUAAAAUUUAUCGUUGUCAAAAUUUCACCCAACUUCUACUGUUGUUGCUGUUGCUGCUGUUGUUGACACUCAAAUGAGUAUAAUAUUUACAAUGUAAUUUGCUAAAAAUAUGAUUUGAGUAAAACACGAAUAAAGUGUCGAACAUAAA